AUGGCUAUCUACGCGUAUCAAGUACCUAAUACACUUCAACAGUCUCACACACACAAGAAGGCGGCCCAGCAACAUGAAGAUUUUGUCACCGUCCAAGUCACGCUGCGCAUUCCUCCUACCCUGCUGAACAACGUUAAGGGCGCCCAUAGCUUUGUUAUCGACAUCACUCCUGGCGAGGAGCGCCACCCGGAGCACGAGGCGUUGGCUACUGUCGCCGAUGCUGCUACCAACAAUGUUGUGACCACCACCACCAUCCACAUCCCUCUCGCUAUCUCCUCGGGUCAGGAGAAGCCAACAACAGCAGCAGCAACGGAGAAGAACGCUAACCCGCAGCAGGGGCAGAGAAUUCGUGCUGCUGAGGAAGAAGAGCAACAUGUAGAUCUCUUCGAUGACGAGUUCCUGAGCCUCGUAGACGAAUUCAACAGUAUCGUCGGUCCUGGCAUGGAGGGUCACAGCGCGGAUGCCGACGGUGAUGAUACCUUUGCGGCCGAUUGUUUCUUCCAUGGCGAUGAUCUGUUGGGAGACUAUUUGGUCAAAAGCGCUGGCAGUGGCAACCAUGCGGGUUCUGGUGAGGACCGUCUCGACAUCCAACUCCAAGAGGGCAGUAUCGCCAACGCCAACAAGAGAAAGAGAAACGACAUGGAUGAUGAUGAUGACAAGAUUGAGGAGGAGGAGGAGGAGGAGGACAAGGACGAGCGCCGCCCUUCUCAGCAAGCUCGGGUGGAUUGGGAUUAUGAAGCGCAUCUGGAGAUGUUCGGAGAAAACUAUUGGGAGGAUUGA